ACUACAGAAGAUCGGUGCACGAGACAAUUUCGGCCUUAAAACGACACGAUGUCGCUUUGUGAUUUCUCCAACAACCUUAAAGUACAUGGUUACAUCGUAGGCAUUCUUUUAACAUUCGGCUGUAUCAGUUCGUUAGGGAGAUCUUAUCAUAUUACGAAUGCCACAAACAGCGGGUUAGAGAGCGAAAUAGAAGGUUUUGAUCAUUCGACUUUUAACGGAGGGUCGACUAAUGCUUCCACCCUUCUUGUUGGCUUGGCAUUGGUGAUUAUCUACUGGUAUGGUUUCCUCAAGAGAAAUCGGCCCUGCAUUCUUGUAUCUAUGGUGUUCGUAGCUCUCGGUAUCAUAGUCUCGAUAAUUAUGUUUAUUUUUGGCAUUCUGGCCGUAAUCGGAAGUGGCUGGCCUGGAUUGAUUUUGGUGGUGCUCGGGCUCAUCUUCAUGGCUGUUGAGAUGUACAUGUGGCAAGUCAUGGCUCAGCUGCGCAAAUCAUUUUUGAAUGAUCCGAUGCCGAAUGCUGAAACGGUGAACAACGUGCCAGUUUAAUACAAAAUACAAUGAUUCGUGACUCAUCACGGUUACAGUGGACGGUUAAUGGAAUCCAGUUACCCAAUAGGGAAUUUACAGUCCACCAUUUGUUUAAAAAGUGCAGUGUUUAUCCGUCAAGCAAUGGUGUGUACAUCCACG